AGAGAAGAUACUUUAACGUGCUCUGUCAUGCAUGUCACCAAAAGUUUAUACACAAUGCAGAAGUAAAGCAUUGAAUUGUGCACUGGAGUUGAUUCAAGAAGUCUGUCCUUUCAGCACAUGGUCUGUUAAUAAGGCACAUAUUGCCUAAUCCUGUGCACAUAUUGCCUAAUCCUGUGCACAUCUAACUAUAAAACAAGUCCUUUGGUAAAUGAUUCUGCUCACAUCAAGCCGAGAAGGAAGAAAAGACUCAGCUCACCUCCUCCACACUUCUGUUGGUCUGAACAAAGUAAAGAGGGUUACAGUAAUAUCUGCGUAGCAGGACAUCAAACAAACAUGUGGAACAUGACGCAGUUAGAGUAUGGAACCCUGGCAAGACGAGCAAACCAGAUCAAGGACGAGCUCAGACAGGGAGUGAGAAGACCCUACAAAGAAGUGAUCGAUGUCUUCCAGGGUGAUUUACACAAGGCAGGAAUGAAACCUCUGACAUUUGUCAGACAGGUUCUUGCAGCGUGUGUUUACCCGCCGCUUAUCAACAGCAGCAAUCUGCCACUUGAUGCAAGACAGAGGACCCAGGAGGAGCUGGGGAGAUGUGUUGGAGGGAGUGUAGGUGAGGGCAACGGAGUGAGAAGACCCUACAAAGAAGUGAUCGAUGUCUUCCAGGGUGAUUUACACAAGGCAGGAAUGAAACCUCUGACAUUUGUCAGACAGGUUCUUGCAGCGUGUGUUUACCCGCCGCUUAUCAACAGCAGCAAUCUGCCACUUGAUGUAAGACAGAGGACCCAGGAGGAGCUGCGAAGAUGUGUUGGAGGGAGUAACAUUCUCAAUGUCUUAGUGAACCGUGAGGCUUCACCAAGAACAGGUGUGUUGAUUCCAGUGCCAUGCCACAACAAAACCGUGUUGUCCAUAAUGCAGUUGGGUGCAGUCGCCGUCCCUUAUUACCUGAGUGAGGAGCAGGGAUGGGCGCUGCAGGUGGAAGAGCUGCAGCGAGCGCUCGAAUCUGCAAAGGGAGUCUGUAAUCCUGUGGCUCUGUACAUCAUCAACCCCGGAAAUCCAGCAGGUUAUGUUCAGAGCCAAAAAUCAGUGCAAGAGGUGAUCCGGUUUGCUUGGGAAAAGAGGCUCUUUCUUCUGGUUGAUGAGGUCUAUCAGGACUGUGUUUAUGGGGAAAACUGUGAGUUUGUCUCCUACAAAAGGACUUUGAGCGAGAUGGGGCCUCCUUUCUCAGGAACAGUGGAGCUGGCGUCCUUUCACUCAGUGUCCAAAAGCUUCUCGGGAGAGUGUGGUCUCCGUGCUGGAUAUGUCGAGCUGGUAAAUCUGGAUCCUGCUGUCAUGAAAUACAUCCACACACUGUUCUCCAAAGAUUCUUGUGAAACAGUUUUAGGUCAGAUUGCCCUGGAUCUGAUGAUGGACCCUCCAAAGCCAGGAGACCCCUCGUACCUGCUCUAUAAACAGGAAAUUGAGCAGAUCAGGACUGUGCUGGUUCAUAACGUGAAGAGAGUCCACGAGGUUGUCAACAGCCUACCGGGAUUCAGCUGCUCACCCAUUGAAGGAGGAUUGUUUGCGUUCCCCAGACUGCACCUCACACCAAAAGCUAUUCAGAAAGCCAAGGAAUUAGGACUGCAGCCAGACACAUUCUACUGUACGAGACUGCUAGAAGAAGGUGGAGUGUUUACCGGUCCUGGUUGGGAGUACGGACAAAAGGAGGGCACCUACCACAUCAGAUUUUGCAUUGCGGUCCCUCAGGACGUCAUGGAGGAAUUACUGAGACGCCUGAGCAGCUUCCACAUGACAUUUAUGAAGGAUUUUUCUUAA